AUGUAUCCAUCUGUGGUCAGUUGUUGCAGUACCGAAGAGGAAGAUCUUGAAAUUAUGAGGUUUGAAGAGCGACGAGGCGGCGAAAGUUAUCGUCCCUCUAGCAGAUAUUCUCGCUCACGCUCUCCGAGCCGCGUACGACGACCGCGUUCGCCUCCCCCCCCUCAUGGUCCCAGAAAUAGGUCUCCUCCACGGUUAGGCGCUGAUACUUGGGCACCCCGUUGUCAUCCUUCGGAACGAUAUCGGAGCCGAUCACCUCCUGGUUUUCACCGUUCGCGAAGUCCACCUUACCGUCAACCUCAGCGAGCACGAUCACCCUUGAGACCCAGGUCACCACGGCGCGAUCGUCCCCCAUCACCCAUUCGAUCUUGGAGAUCUCGCUCACCAUACAAUCAGCGUUCAUCGUAUGAUUUGUCCAUAAGAGGCGUCGGCGAUAAUUUCAGAUCUCCGUAUAGUGCAAGAUCGCCGAGGAGGGACCGGCCACUUUCGCCACCUGGAAGGCGUGCAGAUAUCUCACCUCCCCCAAGAUCAGCAUUCAAGGAACGGGAAUCGUAUGGUCGUCCACCGGCUCGUUCAAGGAGCCCGUAUCGCGGUGGACGUUCUCCGCGUGUUGACUCCAUUCAAGGCAAUCGGACACUGUCCCCUGCCAAACGACCGUCAUCGGGUUAUGCGUCGGCGUUGAACUCGGCAUCUACUUCUCGAAGAUCUUCUCCCCCUGCUUCCAAUGACCGGCUCCGGGUCACGGCUUCAGGUCAGGGAAGUCGGUCUCCCGCACAGGACGCAUCUUCUCGGCGGGUCGCAAAUGAUGACAUUACAAAAGCUUCUUCGCUAUCCUCAACCGUGUCUCCGUCAUCUUCAGAGUUCGAAAAGGGUGUGUCGACGUCGACUACUGCAGCACAACAAGCCCCAAGUGAGGCCAGAGACCGAACAACCACAGACAGCCGCCGUCCUGACCGUAGCAGGUCACCGAGAUCGCUCCGUGAGGGCACUGUAUCUGACGACCGUUUGAGAGAUUCCAGAUCUAACACACUGCGGAACUCACAAGACAGAAAUCUCCCCACCGCGCCCAGUGCGACAAUCUUACAGUCUUCUCAAAGUCGUUCGUCCAAUGUAUCCUUGCUCUCUGCUCCAACGAGGCCCCGAGGAGCCACUGGUUAUCCUAGUCGUGACUCGACAUGGCCAGCCUCUCCGACCCCAAGACGUGCCCCUCCUACACCUCACGCGUCUCAUACACCACACGGACCACCCACCGGGCCUCGAAACAGAUUCGCCUAUAGCCCUCCGGUUCACGACGUACAUCGUACACCGAGUUAUCGGCAUAGCAACAUUGUUUCAGCCAACAACCCGCGAGGCACAAAAGUCAAUCAUCUAGCGUCAUUACCCACAAUAAUGAACGGCGGAAGGCUCUUACCAUUAGUCUAUGAUUUUCAGAUCGAAAAGAGGCUUAUGAACUUGAAGGCGGACGAAGAGAAGUUGGUGGAACAUGUAGUGGAGAAGCAGCUUCUGAAAAGACAAGGACUGAAGGAUUGGGACCGAUUACAGCGUGAAAGUGCUCUCAAUGCCCUGCGGAGUGAACUUGCGGAAAUUCACCUUCAACGAAUGACGGAGGAAGAUAGGCUUGAAGGCAGCGUUGCAUUCUAGAUUGUAUCACUUGCGAUACGUCGAGCUA